GAGAGAGAGAGAGAGAGAGAGAUGCUGCUGCUGCAACAAGAGACAAGACGCGUCUUGGAUCACAAAUAGGGAUGCAGGGCGCAUGCGCACUGCGCUCCGUUUACUGUAGGAGAUUCACCGUGGAGGAAAAAAAAGGGGGCAGGCAACAAAUCAGGCUUUUUAGAAAAACAGCAAAAACCAGACUCUGUGCAAUGUAAAUAAGAUCCAGGAGGGAAAGCAGAUCGGAUUAUCAACAGGUAGGGAUGUGAUUGAUCUUGUGAUCGGCUGUCUCUCUCUCUCUCUCUCUCCAUCUCUCUCUCUCUCUCUCUCUCUUUUUCCUCUCUGUCGCUCUUUUUUUUUUUUGGCCUUGUCUUGGUGUGGUGGCUGCGAUUUUCUUUUCUGGGCAAUCCAUAGCAAGGGGGAGAACUUGGAAAAUGAUUCUAGUCUAAUGGACGUGUACGGAUCCGCUCCACUGUUAUUGGGAUGCGAGGACGAUGGUGUUUUUUGAGCUGCUGUGUUUUUUUGUCACCGAAAUCCGUCGGAUUCAGACGCGCGUAAGACGAUCGGAGGACGCAUUCGAACGCGUGUGAUGAGACAAAGGAACAAAGGAUGCCUUAGAGGAGAGGUUGCCUAUAUGCCUGGAAACCUCUUCAAAGCACACCGCCAAAUGGAUCUAACGCCUCCCCCCGCCACCUCUAGAUCAUGAUACUCGGCUGAAAGCUACUCCCGCUAUCUUUAUGAUCCCUCCUCCAUCUAUGGCGAACUAUAGCCAUGCAGGGGACCACACCAUCUUGCAGAAUGUCUCUCCUCUCGCCACGUUCCUCAAACUGACCUCCCUGGGUUUCAUCAUCGGCGUCGGCGUGGUCGGAAACCUCCUGAUCUCCAUCCUGCUGGUCAAAGACAAGAGCCUGCACCGGGCGCCCUACUACUUCCUGCUGGACCUGUGCGCCUCCGACAUCCUGCGCUCCGCCAUCUGCUUCCCCUUCGUCUUCACCUCGGUCAAGAAUGGAUCCGCCUGGACGUACGGCACGCUGACCUGCAAAGUGAUCGCCUUCCUGGGGGUGCUCUCCUGUUUCCACACGGCGUUUAUGCUGUUCUGCGUGAGCGUCACGCGAUACUUGGCCAUCGCGCACCACCGUUUCUACACCAAGAGGUUGACCUUUUGGACCUGUCUGGCCGUCAUCUGCAUGGUGUGGACGUUGUCGGUUGCUAUGGCGUUCCCGCCGGUGCUAGACGUAGGGACUUACUCUUUCAUACGCGAGGAGGACCAGUGCACGUUCCAGCACCGCUCCUUCAGGGCGAACGAUUCGCUGGGUUUCAUGCUCCUGCUGGCUCUCAUCCUCCUGGCCACACAGCUGGUUUACCUCAAGCUCAUCUUCUUCGUCCACGAUCGCCGGAAGAUGAAGCCCGUCCAGUUCGUGCCUGCCGUCAGCCAGAACUGGACCUUCCACGGGCCAGGCGCCAGCGGGCAGGCGGCGGCCAACUGGCUGGCCGGGUUCGGUCGAGGCCCUACCCCGCCUACCUUGCUGGGCAUCCGGCAAAACAGCAACGCGGCGGGCCGCAGGCGUCUACUGGUGUUGGAUGAAUUCAAAACGGAGAAGAGGAUUAGUAGGAUGUUCUACAUCAUGACGUUUUUCUUCCUGGCGCUGUGGGGGCCCUAUCUGGUCGCCUGCUACUGGCGGGUGUUUGCGAGGGGCCCCGUGGUCCCCGGGGGUUACCUGACGGCAGCCGUGUGGAUGAGCUUUGCCCAGGCCGGGGUCAAUCCUUUCAUCUGCAUCUUCUCCAACAGGGAGCUGCGGCGCUGCUUCAGCACCACGCUCCUCUACUGCAGAAAAUCCAGGUUACCAAGGGAACCCUACUGCGUUAUAUGAAGGUUUUUUUGCUUUUUCCCGCUGUUCCUCCCCUUGUUUUCAGAGGUAGAAAGCUGGACCGCCAAUCACGAGGCUCCGUUCGGGGCGAUUUGAAUACGAAGUGUGUCAAACGUGGAGGCUGAAGGGAAUGGGAAUGCGCAGGAGGUCUGGAUCCCCUCCUGUGUUUAUGUUCUAGUAAACAGACAUCAUGGAAGGCCAUGCCAAUGCAGAGAAGCAAAAAGUCGAAAAAAAAAAAAAGAAAAAUUGACAAAACACUAAAAACAAACCCUCUUGCUUUGGAUAUUUUGAAGAUGCGUUACUCUGUGAGGUGUGAAAUACAUAAAAAGAAAAAAAGAACAAAAAACAAAGAAACGAUACCUCUCAAGGAAUCACUGGAAAUGUUUUACAUUUUAAGAGUUGCACUAAAAAGAAGAUGUAAAGAUGCUUUUUUUUUUUUCCCCCAACAGUUGCCAGUUGCAUUUGCAAGGACAACUUUUCUUUUCUUUUUUCCCCCCUCAAACUAAACAAUGAAUGCUUUAAUUUGCAACAGACUACACAAUCGCUGUAAGUAAAGCAAAAAACUGUUGGAAUACACCAUCACAAGAGGAUAAAAUGGUUUUAAUGUAAGUGAUAUCUUUUUCAUUUACUGGGGCGGGGGCUUAAACGAUUGGGGAUUUACAAUGUGUGGUUUUUUGAAGUUGCAAUUUAAAAACUAGAAAUGAUUUCUUGUAGUUUUACGAUCCAUACGUCCCUAGUGUCAGGCAUUGUUAUUUUCUUAUCACAUUUUUACGAAGAAAAAAAAAAGAUGAAAUGGUGUUUGGAUUUUGAAAAAAAAAAAGUUGCUUUUAAGAACAAAACUUGUGCUUAAAAAAGACAUUGAAGAAGUAGUUAAAUGUUUCAUCAUAUCCAUGUACCUAAACACUAUCAUAUUGUUACAGUAUUGCUGAUGCCACUCCGGGUGUUCUUGCCUUAAUGGUUAUGAUAUUGUCAUGUUUCUUGGUUGUUGGGUUUUAUUUAUUUCAUUCACUCCUAAAAAGUCGUUUUUUUAGAUGCAAGGGGAGGUUUCUUUUUUUCCUUUUUUCACAUCAAUGUGAAGUGCAUGUCCAUUUUUUUAAAGCUGGUCCACUCCCAUGAGCAUCACAGGCCAUACACUGAGCAGCCCAUUUUGAUUCUGCAAUGGUUUGCUACACCCCACAGAGUGCUCAGAGCACAGGGAGUGUGUGUGUGUGUGUGCGCGUGUGUGUGUGCGUGCGUUUCAGAGCGUGUGUGUGCUGCGUGGAUCAGACAACAGUCACUUCAAGACCAGAGCCUUAGUAUGAAAUCUUGCACAAUUUGUAAAAAACUGUAAAAGACAAAAAAGAGACAUUUAAGGCACACCGUCUUGUUUCUACUUUCCCUACAUUUGCUCUCUACUGAUUGUUUUCAAUGACUUACUUUUUUUCUUUUUUUUUUUCUCUUGUGGCCAUUUUAAUAUUUAUUAUUAUGUAUUCUUUUUUGUAUAAUAUAGAUAGAUUGUGUGUAAGUAUGUGAGUCUUUCAGUUUGGAGUCCCGAAUGUGAGUACAGUUUUCAGUUAGGAUUGCAUUUGCUGAAAGUUAACUGUGUAAUCUGUUGCUUUUUUGAAAAUAAAAAAAGUUUCCAUUUUACGGCAUUUGUUUUUAUCCCUCUCAUUGGGGCGGAGAUUGUACUGUAUGGCCAUGCUAACAGCUGGAAAACAUCUGCAAAACCCCCUCAGAAUUGGUUUUAAAAUGGUGCUUGGUCAAGUGAUGAAUUUGCCAUCAUCCUCCCCCCCUGCAGGACAAAGAAUUUUAUCUCAAAAAUGUAACAUGAAUUCAUAAAGCUUCAUUACAAAACACUCAAAGCGGUAAAAUCACCACUGCUGAAAUGUUAUAAUGUCCAUCUUUUGUAUAGCUGACUACUGGUGGUUGGUAUUUCUACAAGGCUUUCUAUGUUAUGUUCAUGCUAUCAGUCUCUUAAUAUGAGAAAAUGAUAAAAUAUUUAAAUGCG